AUGCAACGCAUCACGCCCGUGUCGGAUAAUGGUCCGCUCGGCUUGCAGCUUCAGAAUGUAUUUGUGGUUCCUGCGGUUCUUGCGAAGGUGGGCAAGCAGUCGGACGAGUUGCGCUGGCAGAGCUCUUUCGCUUUCUCGGAUCUGUGGACCAGGAAUUGCACUGCGACGUUGGAAGAUGGCAAGAAGGGACGAGGAGGGCCCGGGGAAGAGACGCAUCAGCUGUCGCAUGAGGUGGCUCUUGAAUGCCAGCCUCGUCGCAUGCGCAUGUUACUAGCUUGUGACUCUUUCAGCUGCGCAACUGGCCUCUGCCAAGGGUUGCCAGUCUCGAGACCAGGAGUUGCAGCAGCCGCCCAAGUUGGCCAGUCCACUGCAUCUACCAUGCUGCCUGCCUCUGAAGCCGACACCGGGGCUCCGGCUGCUGCGCCUCAUGCGGGCAACGCAAGCCAGUCCAGCCAGCAUCCUCUUGAGAUGAAGAGCAGAAGGUCUGCGUUGUGGUUGCCAACUGCAAACGCAGCCGGCAUGCGUUGCGAUGGUUGCACUGCUGCUGCAUCUGAGGAUAUGAAGAGCAUCAUUCGGCAAGAGCUUGAGAAUCGAGAGGCUGUCGAGGAGGCGAACCAAGACCGGUUCAAGGACACAGGCGUGUUUCAAUGCAUCGCAAGGUCGAAUGCUUUUGAGCACCUGACCACCAGCAUGAUCGUCAUCUAUUCCGUCUGGCUUGCGGUGGAUAUUGACUACAACCCGCGUGUUGUGAACACGGACACAAGCUCCGUGUUCUUUUGGGUUGAGCAAUUCUUCUGCUGCUUCUUCGUGCUGGAGGUCUCUAUUCGGUUUCUGGCUUUCAGCAGCACGUGGAGGUGGAGUCGCGACUUCUGGUUUCUUUUCGACCUUUUUCUGGUCAUGUCCAUGGCCAUCCAGGUUUGGCUUUUGCCGCUCCUCGACUCGAUGCUGCAGAGCAACCAUGUGGGGACCAUCUUCGCAGACACCGGCAUCAUACGUGUCGCGCGCCUUCUGCGGCUCUCGCGGCUGCUUCGCAUGUCCCAGCUCCUACACCUCUUCCCAGAGGUCCUGAUUCUGGUGACGCCUUUCAAGAAAGCAAUCGCUGCUGCUUUGCGCUCUGUGGUCUUCACUUUGGCUUUGCUGCUCAUGAUCCUCUACGUCUUUGCCAUUGCCUUCACCCAGCUGACGAGAGGGACGGGAUGUGCCCGACAGUACUUUUCCAGUGUUCCCGCAUCGAUGCAGACCCUCUUCAUCUCUGGUGCUCUUCUCGAUGACGUUGGCACCUUGAUGAACGACCUGCUUGCGGAGAACCUGUACAUUUCGUUGACGUUGAUGUACACCUUCGUCAUCAUGUCAGCAAUUACCGUGAUGAACAUGCUGAUUGGCGUGAUGUGCGAAGUGAUCAGUGCCGUGGCCAGUGCCGAGAAGGAGGCGAUCCAAGUCCAAUGGCUUCGGAAGAUCCUUGAGCGAGUUGCCGGAGGCCCGGACAAGCGCAUCAAUCAGCAGAAGUUCUUUGAGAUUCUGCGGGACGAGGGAGCAGCCAAUGCCAUGAAGGGCAUCGGCAUAGACUUGAUAAGCCUCGUCGACUUUGCAGAGCUCAUCUUCGAGGAGUCGGGCGAUGCCACGGACAUUGAUGCGGAGGCAAACGAAACGGAGAUCUCCUUCGACGACUUCCUGAAACAUGUUCUCCAGCUUCGCGGGAGCAACACGGCCACGGUAAAGGACAUGGUGGAUCUUCGCUGGUGGCUCUCCCAGUCCCUUCAUCUAAAAUUGCAGGCCACGGUAGAGAAGACGCUGGAAAAAGGCCAGCUCAGCCAGCUCCAGGUCGAGAAGGCUCCCUUAGCAGGAUGA